UCUGAUUGCAGACUUUCUAACCUUUGAAUUUUCCGUUCUAUCGAGCUAGAGGAUUCAAUUGACAAGAUAAAUACUAGACGUCGGCCGCAGAUUGAUAUCAAAUUUAGUUUCCCUUCUUGAUUUCAUCCCUUCCCCAAAGCCUUUUCUCUGAAAGCCGUUUCUCUCUCCUUCAUCCCCUUAUUUUUACACGCCUUCUUUGUGGUGCCGUUUACGAGAUGUUCAGUUCUCGAUUUUCUAUCACUCUGAGAAGUGUGUUGCUUUUUUCAUUGCUCGGUGCCAUCACAAGGGCUCAGAUCACGCUCACGGGCUGCCAUAUCCAGGAAGGACAAGAAGUAUGUUUCCUUCCCGGGGGGGCCGAAACCACAAUUAGCAGCAGCACUUCUACUCCUACUCCAACUCCAACUCCAACGUCUCCAGCUUCGGUGACCGCAGAGACGACUGGAAUUGCGCAGACUACUGCCAUUACUGACUGCCACCAACAUGAUACUACUCAGUAUUGUGUAAAAGGCAAUGGCGAAGAGGUUCAGGUAUUGGCGACUGCCACUGCUAGUGAAGCUCUGCCUACGGCUUACAAUGGCUGCCAUUCUCACGGCUCUACCAUGUUCUGCUUGAGACCCGAUGGUGCUGAAGUUGAGGUCUUGGGUUCUACUGAAGGGGUGGCUUCCACUGAACAGGAGAGUUCUGGGGAGUCUGAAGGUGGAGAGAACUGCCACUUCCAUGCCGGUGUUGAACAUUGUGUUGGUGGUUCCGCUGCGGCAACCUGCGAGCGAAAAGAUCGCGAUUACAAUGUCAAACUCCGCAUUGGGCUGUUGUUUGUCAUCCUCUUCACAAGUGCAAUCGGGGUCUAUGCUCCGAUUUUCAUGACGCGAGUUCUAAAGACCAAUGGGACUGGAAUCGUUUUCACCAUUGUCAAGCAGUUUGGAACUGGUGUCAUCAUCUCCACAGCCUUGAUCCAUCUUGCGACCCACGCUUCAUUAAUGUUUGGCAACAGUUGUCUUGGUGAAUUGAAGUAUGAAGCAACCACGACCGCUAUCAUGAUAGCCGGUGCGUUUAUCGCUUUCGUAAUCGACUUUACUGGUCAUCGACUCGCACAUUGGCGCCAGCAAUCCACUAUAGAGAGACAAACUGCCAGUAUCAGCUCUCAGGACAACUCACGUGACGAAGCCGCAGUAAAAGGCCACCCUACAUCUACGCUCGCGCACCUAAGCCACCACCACGACAUUAACAAUGUUGGCACCACCCACGCCAAUGAUGGUUUCAGUAUCUUCAUCCUCGAGGCUGGUAUCAUUUUCCACUCCCUUCUUAUUGGUAUCACAUUGGUGGUAGCAGGCGACUCAGUCUUCAUCACCCUCUUUAUCGUCAUCGUCUUCCACCAGAUGUUUGAAGGACUUGCUCUUGGCGCCCGAAUUGCAGUAAUGGAUGGUCUUCACACCAUCAAGUACAUAAUCCUUCCAAUGGCCUUUACGCUUGUUACUCCAAUUGGAAUGGCCAUUGGAAUCGGUGUUAUCAACAAAUUCAAUGGCAAUGAUCCAUCGACCAUCGUUGCUCUUGGAACCUUAGAUGCCCUUUCUGCUGGUAUUCUUACCUGGAUCGGCUUUGUCAACAUGUGGGCUCAUGACUGGAUGUACGGGGAGUUGAGGAAUGCUGAGUUGGCCAAGACUUUAAUCGCUUUGGUCAGUCUAAUGGGAGGCAUGGCGUUGAUGGGGCUCCUUGGAAAAUGGGCAUAAAAAGCGCUCAAAGAUCUAACUUAAACUGUAUUCGAUAACCUUUUAAGAAUGUGUUCGAGUAAUCUGUGAGAUAAAAUUCAAUGAAGAGGUCACAAAAAAGUGUUUUAGGGUUAAUUCGAAGACGAUAUAAGUAGGAGAUUAUUGUUACUACUAUUGUUAUGUCUCUGAAAAUCAGCAAGAAUCCCCUGAAGAAGAAUUAAUAUACAAUGAUAGAAGAUGCAUGGAUGAGCAUAGGAAUAAUGCUAACAUUCUAGAAGUCUCACAUAACUAUGAGCUCUUGAGUGGGAAGAUUGAAAGUCAAUUUGUCACUCCGAUUGUCUAAUUGAAAGUUGCGCGCUGAUUGACUCUAGCGAGUAGAAGUCUUUCAUGAACGACAAUCUAUCGUCAUGUCAAAUUCUCCAUGUGUAGAGCUGACUUACUUAGUAUUAAACAGCUACUUUC